UGCUGUUUCACAAACAAAGAGGCAUUAUCUCACGGCUCACUCUCUCUCUCUCACACACACACACACACACACACACAUAGACAUACAGGCACAGACACCGGGGCUGAUCACUUGUUUAGCCUCCUGUCGCGGCGCAAAGAAGGGGCAGAUAAGACGCACUGCAUGGUUAAAAUGCUCGGGAGAUCUCUGAUGAACGUCGGACUGCGCGUGAAGUGUCAGCAGCUUAAAGGGAUCCAGAGAGUCACAGCGGGACUAAACCCUGCCAACUAUGGGGACAUCCUCCGCCGCGAGGCAGCCUCCACCAGCACCGUCAUGGGUGUCAACAAAAUGAAAACUAUGGAUGAUUUAGGCGGACCGAGUUUCAUGACUACCUUGUAUUGGCUUUUUAUAAAGGGAUAUUUCCAAACGACGCAACAAAUGCAAAUCGAGCACAGCAAGAUAUACGGCCCCCUGUGGAAGUCCAAAUACGGCCCUUUGGUCGUGGUGAAUGUGGCCAGUGCCGACAUGAUAGAACAGGUGCUGAGGCAGGAGGGUAAACACCCAAUCCGGACAGACAUGCCCCACUGGAGGAACUACAGAGAGCUCAGGAACCAGGCCCACGGACCCCUGACUGAGAUGGGGGCCAAAUGGCAGCGGAUUCGCAGCAUCUUGAAUCCACGAAUGCUGAAACCCAAGCACGUCUCCUCCUAUGCCAACACCAUCAAUGAGGUGGUGUCCGAUUUUAUCUGCAGGGUGAACUGGCUGAGGGAGACCAGUGGACAGGGAGUCAUGGUCAAUGACCUGACUGCAGAGCUCUACAAAUUUGCUUUUGAAGGAAUAUGCUCAGUGCUUUUUGAAACCCGUAUGGGCUGCAUGAAUGAGGUGAUCCCCGAGAAAACCCAAAAGUUCAUUGUCUCCGUGGGGGAAAUGUUCCAUCUCUCCCAAGUCGUCAUCCUCUUCCCACAGUUCCUCUGGCCCUACCUGAAGUCCUGGAAGAGGUUUGUCGCAGCCUGGGAUCAUCUCUUCAAAGUUGCUGAAGAACUGGUGAAUAAGAAAAUUGAGGAGAUCCAGGAGAAUGUCCACCUGGACAAAGACGUGGAGGGAGCGUAUCUCACACACCUCCUGCUCAGUGAACAGAUGAGCAGCACAGAGAUCCUGGGCAGCAUCACUGAACUCCUCCUGGCAGGAGUAGACACAGUGAGUAAUAGCUACACCGCUCCGUCAUUCCCAAUUCCCAAAAUCAAUUUGUUUGCAUUAAAGUGUCUCCCAUUAUUCGUUUACACCUUCCUGCCGGAGCGCUGGCUCCGAGGAGGGGAGGAUAAGUCCAAGCAUCACCCGUUCGGGUCAGUACCAUUUGGUUUUGGGAUCCGGGCAUGUCUAGGUCGGCGGGUGGCUGAACUUGAGAUGCAUCUCCUCCUCUCCAGGUUGAUACAGCACUAUGAGGUGAAGCCUGAUCCUGCUGGAAAACCAGUGAAGCCAAUCACCAGAACUCUGCUUUGCCCUGCUACACCAAUCAACCUACAGUUUAGAGCGGAACGGAGUGGGACGGACUUGGAUGACAGUCAGGAGCUCCCGGUGCUGCCGUAA